AUGUCGCAGGUCUCCGCUAAUGAGGCCGUUGUCGCCGUCGACGAGACCAUCCCGAGGCGGUCGUCGAUCGAGAAACCGCCUGUAAUGAGCGACUCGGAGUUUGAAGAUGACGAUCUGGAUGAUGAUGGACUUCGACCCGUGGCCUUUCAUAACCUACCCGAGGAGAUCAUCCAACAAAUUCUAGAAGUUGCCGACCCGGAUGCUUUCGCAUCUUUGAUCCUGCUCAAUUCAAAAUGGCGGAGCGCGUCGCAGCAAGGCCAUCUCUACGCUACCCAGCUGAUGCGGUGUCCCUCCUAUUCGGCGAGUCACAAGAGGGAGCCGGACGGGAAGCAGGAGAACCUGCCGCAGCUGAGGAAGCUCUUCGCCCGCGAGGUCAAGCGCAACCUGUUCGCCCCAUACUUGCGUCCUAACCAUACUGAGAUCAAGCUCGUGUCCAAUUCGAUCAGCUCUUCCUCGUGCCCUGGUGGGGAUGGCAUGUCCUUCAGCCCGUCGCCAAAGGGCCACUACCUGCUUGCGUACAACUCGUCCCGGAUCCACAUCAUCGACCUCCGCUGUCCCACAAUUUCCGUGGAGAGGGAGCUGAAGAUCCUCCGGCGGCCCGUUGCGACGUGCAUCAUGGACGAUGGAUCCUUGCUCGCUGUGCUCUUGACUGAGAUGCAGGUAGACCUCUACGACCUCACACAGACUCCUCCGAAGCGUACCCAGUCUAUCAUUCUCGACCACAGCCCUCGAGCCAUUGCUCUGUCGCCAUGCGGAAACGUGCUGGCCGCUGCAUACGAGGGCGGUAUCGAGGUCCAGGCGCUGAACCCAGGCGCCCUGGCAACUGAGAGGAGAUCUGUGAAAUGCGAUGGUGUUGACGCCUUAGCCUUCUCCCUGGACGGAACCCAGAUCUUAGGCACUACUCUCCACUCAGCACAGCCGAGUACCGUGAUCCUGACGGCUCCUUACUACGACCCGGGCGCCCAGAUGUCAAGCGAGGACAUCAGUGCUCUCUGGACGACAUCCAUCCUGUUCCCAAACUCCAGUCGCGACUGCAGUCAUGCCGUCCUGCUCCAGGAGUCGAGCCACGACGAGGCGUUCUGGACCUUCACCUAUGACCGCAGCUUCGAGACGUUCCGUGCCGUUCGCAUCGAUGACUUGCGCAACGGUACUACGUAUUUCACAGGGCCAAUCUCGAAUACACCCUCCAAAUUAGUGCCAUGCACCCUGCCUUCGGCAUCGUAUAGUGGUGAGCUGGUCUCCGCUGGUUUCCAGGGCAAAGAAGUGUGGCUGUACGGUAUACCAGAAGAUCUCGAGGCCGUCCCGGAUACUUCGAGUAAUUUGCUCGAAGUAAACGGCUGCUCAGAAGGGGUAGCCCGUAGCGUCAGUGGAUCAUCUCUGCGGUCCCGUCCUCGGACGCAGGAAGCUGGAGAGAGUAGGGUUCCGCAGUGGCAGCUGCUUUGUGACAGAUACCGGAAUACUCUGGUCGGUGGCUUCAAGGCUGCAGAGCUUAGCGGCGUGUCUACGCUGAAAUGGGUUGCCUCCUUUGGAGACCACUCGUUGAAAGAGCGUCUGGUCAUCACGGCAAAGGGGGCCACACCCGCCAAGCCGAUCAGCAUGGAUGAUGAUGGCAUGGACUUUGAGGACGGCGGCAGGCUCACGCUUGUUGACUUUGACUACGGGCUCAACGACGGCUGUGUCAAUGAAAUCACAAUCGAGGUAGGGAUGAAGGAGCCUGAAAUCCUCGAGGAGGAGCAUCGUGACCUGGAAACCGAGGUCGCCAUCGUCAGAAGGCGUACUGUGGCACAAAGAAGAGGAAACCGAAGUGCGAUGAUGAGAGCUGCGACGACAGCUGCACGACCGACCCCCGCGCGGUCUGUCGACGAUCAUGAUGGCGACGACGACGACGAUCCACUCUUACCGCGUCGGAUGGGUGCUGCCCCAACGAGGCCACGGCCAGCCUCUGCGGCGACUGAAGAGACCGAGACAAAUGCUGUCCUGGAAGAAGUGGAGGCCCUCGAUGCACCCUACUCGCAUACUGGACCGCGGUCCAUCUCGACUCUACGUCGGGCGGCAACAGCGGCUGCAAAUCACAGACAGCGCAACCCGACGACCUCGUCAGGAGCUCCUAUUGAGUACCGUCGGGCGGACGGACGAAACGAGCACCCUCAUGAGAGUGAUGCAGACAACUGGGUGCCGCCACCGCCGCCUUACCAGAAGGAGGAUCCUGGAGAGACGCCCGCGUUCUUGCGUCACUCGAUGGUGCCCGUGAUCGCCUCGGCACGACCUCACGGCACGCGAGAUGAGGAUGCGACUGCUAUACCACCAGUACCUCGGAUGCCAUCCAUUCCACCCGUUCCGCCUAUUCCUCAGGAACACCGACCUUCCACCUCGGCUGGACUUGUGGGAGGGGUGCCGGCACAAUCACAAGAACGUUCCUCAAGGCGCCAAACAUAUAUGCCGGAUCACACUGUGAGGACGCCGGUAAUCAACAAUGCACAUCACCGCUUAUCGAGCUACCCAACCAUGCCCUCGGCUCAACAACAAAUACCGGCCGCGUCCUCCGCGGCGAGGACAUCACAUUACGAUGAGGAUGACAUCUACAAUGUGUCACCUCCCGAUACCCCACGCCUACAGGACAGCGUGACUGCAGACAACCGGAACACCGAUGGCAGCGAUAUAUCCCAGACGCCUGUGGGCCCUGCGUCUGACCCAUCACCGUCCCUUUCAAGCACCAUGCCUUACACGGGGACGCAGCGCUCCAUUCCGCUGGUUCCGCGCAUCCAGACAACUGCCACGUGGCCGAUGCCACCACCUAUCCCUCACGGAGCCUCCACAAUCUCUACAGGCUACCCCCUAACAGCUCCAGCGACGCACACAACGAUGAGCGACAUAGCAGCCCAUGCUCUACCCCCGCCUCCUCCGCAAGAGCUUGCAUCCGAGGACCGGGCGAGUAGUAGGCAGUCCUCGCUGGCUCGACGCAUCUCAACUGGUUUCCACCUUCCUCAUCACGCUCACCAGGCGCCUGACCAACCUCUGAUCAUCAGCACCCCCACUGGUAUCCAGGCCGCGUACGACGCACCUACGGGACAGCCGCUGGAUCCCCGAGCCGGAGUGCCAAUCGUUGCUCCCGUCCCUCGCCAUCCACGCCCUGGCCGCAGCCCAGGUAUCCCAAGGCCCGCCGCCGAACGAUUAGAGAGCAUUUAUCAUGGACAACAGGAGCAAGGUCAUCAAUUCGUCCCGAGCUUCCUGAGUCAGCCGCCUGCGCCCAGCGACUUCUCGACCCGAAACUCAUCUCUGAACCGACGCCCUUCCCGCGCAGAGCGCAGCGCUGCCAAGAAUAUCGCUGACGCGAAGAAGAAGGGCUGGCGGCCCAGUCGGAGCAAGAGCAGAAGGGCGAGGAAGAGCAGGCCUAACGAGCCGGAAUAUGACGUGAUGAGCCAAAGUGCCUGGACCGACAUUACUAUGACGACGGCUGGAGGGCGUGCGACGAGGCCGUACCACUAUUCUGACGCAGAGGCUCGGAAGGCUGCAAAGGACAAGAAGUGUGUGGUCAUGUAGAGGGGAAUUUUGACUGGCCUGAUUAUACGCGAUGAGUGAUGAUGAUCUUUGAGGAACUUGACAAUAUAGAAAACAUUGUUGUGCCUUGGGCGAACUGUCUACAAAGAUAUGUGGCGUUUUCUUGGUUUUCUUGGAAGAGGGUGGGAACAGGACACUGGGUAGCUUGGCACCCAGGAACCAGGUGGGCUUGAGGAUUUUUUAUCAUUCAGAGUAGAGGGGUCCUUUUCACUGUUUAUAUUUUGCUAUGAGGCAGACGGUAAGAAUAUGUCAUGUCAUGUCGCCAGAGAUAUGUGUAAUUUUUUGUUGGGUGACAUCAUCUCAAGACGCAAGCUCUCAGAAGAAAGAAUGCUCAUAUGUAUUCUAUUC